AUGGUGUAUGCCGGUAUGCUUCAUGGCAUCGCAUGCCACCCCUCACUACCCCUGCACACCCCUCUGCCCAUCAGCGCCUCCUGCCACUGUCCUCUGCCCCUCUGUCUGUCGCUCAUUUCCGUCGUGCAAUUGCUUUCUGCUUCCCCCCAUCACCCUGCCUCUCGCUGUGCAAGGGUAAUAACCAGGUAUCAGAAGUAUCGAGAUGCACUCAUGGUUGCUCGCUGCUCGCUGCGACCAACGCAAGUGGCAUCUUUCCCCCCUCCUCCGCAGCUGCCCUGUGUCCAAUGCCCAUCCUGCGGCCAACACUCCCCCUCAACUGCCCCACUCCCUUCCAAUCCUGCGCCCCUUACUCCUCCCCGCCCCGUCACCCAUGCAUCCCCCCAUUGCGCCGCGCACCCACCAGGGGACUACGACCUCAAGAUGCAGAGGCAGCGCUUCUACCUCGCCAAGAUGCACCAGCUGCUGACUCAGCAGUACUGGCAGCUGGCUGUUAACGUGGCACUGCAUGGAGCCGUCCUAUUGGACGCGCACCACCUGGAGCGCACCCGGAAGCUGCUGCUCCAAUUGCAUCGUGACACGUCAGCAGCCAUCAGCGACUCUGAAGCCCGCAAGGCAGCCUACAGGACACUUGCAGCACAGGCCACCGCCCCCACCGCCCCAACAUCCUUCUCCUCCUCCCACCUCCCGCCCCCCUCCGCCUCCCUCCCCCUUCCCGCCUCCCUCCCCCUCCCCGCCUCCCUUCCCCUCUGGCCCGCCCUGCUCUCCGCCCUCUCCCCCCACGCUGCUCAAGGGGAGCCACUCGGGGCAGCAGGGGGGGGAGGCGCGCAGGCAGGGGGGGGGAGGGAGGGGGAGAGUGUGGGGGAGGUGGUGGGGCGGCUGGUGGAGGGGCUGAGGGGGAGGGCGCAGGGGGAGGGGGAGCGGGUGCAGCAGGGGGUGGAGCAGAGCGAGCGGCUGCUGGCGCACAUGGCGGGCAUGCAGGCGGCCAUGCUGGAGCUGCUCUCAUCGCCGCACGCCACUCCCUCCUCCACCGCCGCUCAUGCCAUGCCUCUGCACCUCUCGCCCCCUGCUCUCGCGGACGAGCGGUUGCGAGUGGAGCGCCAGCUCAGCGAUGACGUGGCACCGGCGAUUGACAGGCUGGCAGACGAGUGGCAGACAACCCAGAGGCGCCAUGCACUCCCAAGCCAUGCACCGUGCAGCUGCAAGUCCCGCCUCACUUCCCCCCCGUCCCCCCCUUGCCCCUCCCUGCACCGCCCGCAGAGCGCGGUGCACGCGCCAAGGCACGCCAUCCGGCAGCGCGUGCUGCACUCCUUCUUCUCCCCGGGCGCCCUGCCCCACGCGCUGCUGCUGGCACACCCCGCUCAGGGCGCAGGGGGCGAGGGGGUGCGGACCGAGGGGGCAGGGCGGGAGGUUCGAGAGACUCAAGGCAGGACGGAUGGGCAGGAGAUGGAGAGCAGGGGCGGUGGUGGCGAGGGCAUGGGCAUGGACGAUGACAGGGGAGAGGGCAUGGGCAUGGAGGGUGGGAUGCAUGUGGGCAUCGGGAUGGGCUUGGAGGAGGACGAUGACAGUAUCAUCUUCUAA